AGUGAUCCUCAUUUUACGAUUGUUCUGACAUACGAUGUUUCGAAGUUACGAACGGGACGCUCAGUUAAUCGUAACUGUUUUUCGUUUGAUUGUUUUAUAUUUGUGGCCUAUAAGUGUUUUUCAUACAAAUAUUAACUGCAAUUAUGAUUUAUAAUCCUGGGCUAUCGGAGGCGAGUGAUAGACGAUGGCACGUUCUGAAUACCCCUACAAUAUUGUUUUUAAAUUUGUGUCGCGGAUUUAUUAUUUAAUGCUCUAUUUACAAAUCAAACUACAUUAUAUGUAGUUACACCAAAAAAAACAUUCAAAAGUAAUAGCAACAAAAAAUUAAAACAACAAUAUGACAUUUAAAAAUAGCAAAAGUACAAGUCAAAUAUAUGGCGCAUGUCUGCUUAAACAGUUAAAAGGGAGGAAAUGAGUGGAUAGAAGUGCUCAAAUGUUCCAAAUCACGAACGUUCAGUCCAUUAUACGUUAAACAUGCGAUUGGAUAUGCUUACUAGGAAUGACUGAACACUGCCCCAUAUAGAUGAACCUUGAUUGCAACAUUUUGUGUGAUUUUUAACGUCGUCCUGUAGCAGCUUCCACUGUGAUAAGCUGUCUCUUAAGUCAAUGUCGAACACUGCAAUUUGCUCUUAUUAGAUAUGACUGAACACUCUUUCUGAUUAUAUAUCUAGCGAAAGGUGUUUAUUGUUUAAAAAGUUGUUUUAAGAAUUGCAUGGCUGCAUGUGGCCCGCAGGCCAUAGGUUGCCCACCCCUGCUCUUAUUGGAUAAGUGGCUGUACUGUUGCCCAAAAAAAAAAACCUUUUGUAUUCCUUUUGGAGUCUAUUCUGGUCUCAUUGCAGACUCCCAAGCCCAUUUGCUCGCUGCUCUGGCCAAUCACAAGGAUCCAGUGUGUUUUAAGUGGGCUAUCAUUUUUCAUGUCAGCAUUACAUCUCCAUCGAAGACCAACACAGCACUUUUAUCCCUCUCUUCAGCACCACAGAGAGCACAUCUUUUGGAUACUUUUUUUUUUUUUUUUUUUUUUUUGGGAGCUCUGACUGCCGCUGCAGUUGUUUCUUUAAACUUUUGAAUUUUCACAUUCUGAUGGUGAUUCAGGUGUGGAACUAAAGGGCGAUGGCAGACCCUGACGCGCAACAAGAGACGCGCCAGUCCGCCAAAGACUCCAUCAAGUUCUCCAUCAAGAACCUGCUCGGCAUCGACGACCCCCACGGCAACAGCAAGCCCACCAGGCCCAGAAGCUUCUUGGAAGGCAGCUUCUUCUCCCGGCUCGCUGAUUUGUCUCUACCUCGCCUGGAGUUCCCCUCACAGCGGCUCGGUCUGUCCCCAGCGUCUCCUUGGUGGUAUCCGUACACGCUCGGUGCUCAUCUCAAGGCUGGAGGUUCAGAGAAAGAUGAACUGUUCCUGCACGACAGACCCUCGCCCGACCUCCCCAAAAGCGAGCCGGACACCAAAGAAGAAAGCGCGGAAGACGACGAAAGUGACCCAGAGGAGCCGAAGAAGGACGCCGAGCCCGCCGAGGACGACUGGCCAAAGAAGCCCGACCACUCCGACGGGAAGCCCUGCAGGAAGAAGAAGACCCGCACCGUGUUCUCCAGGAGCCAGGUGUUCCAGCUGGAGUCCACCUUCGACAUCAAGCGCUACCUGAGCAGCUCGGAGCGCGCCGGCCUGGCCGCCUCGCUGCGCCUGACCGAGACCCAGGUGAAGAUCUGGUUCCAGAACCGCAGGAACAAGUGGAAGAGGCAGCUGGCCGCCGAACUGGAGUCGGCCAACCUGAGCCACGCGGCGGCGCAGAGGAUGGUGAGGGUGCCCAUCCUCUACCACGACCACGGCGCUCCGGAGACCAGCGGGAGCGCGGCGGGGGGCUCACCCGGCGGCCAGGCUUCCAUCCUGGCCUUUUCUCACCACAUGUACUACCCCCACCCGGUUCCACUACUGAGGCCUGUUUAACACGUCACCACACUUCGUUUGAAUUUGCCUACAACUUGAAAAACGUUGAUAUAUAUUUCCAAGUUCUAUGUCUAUUUUGUAGAUUGACCUUGUGACUUUCUUUUAUGUCCCAUAUGCAUUUACAUUCUAUUUUAGGGACAAUCUAUGUUAUUGUCCCGAUUGCGUCAAAGUGUUUGAAUAUAUUUUCAUGUGCAAGAUUUGUACAUAAUGUAUUUUUAAGACUCAUGUGUUCGUGACUGUAUUGUGGGAUUAAAUACUAUGACAUUCCCUUACUCGUGCAAUACCAUUGUUCUGAGGCUCAUGAUCUACUAUAGCAAACAAACUUUUUUUUUCUCUUUCUUUUGAAACAAAGGACAUCAUUGUGGCAGAGUAA